AUGAUUUUUGGAACAUGGAAUACUCAAGGACUUGGGGGAAAGGUGGAAGAUGUGGUGAAAGCAUUGGAAAAAAUGAGAUUGAGUGCCAAAAAGCCAAAGAGCCGCCAAAGGGGUAUUAAUCCUUAUCAGGAAAAAUACACCAAUAAAAUCACGUCGUGGGAAACAAUUAACGAAAGACUAGCUACGUUAAACUUAUCUCUGAAAGUGCAUAGAAUUGUAAUAGUCGCCGCCUAUGGCCCAAAUGAUGAUGCUACACAACUGAUUAAAGAUGCAUUCUACGAUCAACUAAAUGAAACCAUUUCAAGAGCAGGAAACCAGAGAGAAACAAUAGUGAUGGGCGACCUAAAUGCUAGAGUAGGAUCAAACACGAACAGUAAUAUAGUCGGAAGGCACGGUGAAAAUACUCUUAAUAACAACGGACAAAGACUGAUCGAGCUAUGCGAACAACAUAAACAAAAAAUCCUGAACGGAUUUUUUCAACAUAAAGACAUCCACAAAUAUACUUGGCAUGAAGAAACGAGACAGCUAAAAUCAAUUAUAGACUAUAUAAUUGUUAAACAGAGAUCCUUUAUAAAAGUUCAAGACACUAGGGUAUACAGAGGAAUAGAAUGCGGAUCUGACCACUUUUUCUUAGGCGCAAAAAUACAAUUUCCCUUUAAGAUAAAAUACAACGAAACAGACACAACAAACAUCUCAACAAUAAAACAAACAUCUUACAAUAUAGAAGGACUUCACGAACUUAGUACAAAAUAUUUAUUUAAGACUCGAUUAGAUAACAAACUUCAAAUUGAAUUGCUAUCAGGGCGCACGGAUGAACUGUAUAAACACAUCGUUUCCUGCCUACACUCCGCUGCACAAGAAGCUCUAGGAAUUAAGCCGAAAGAUAUGAACAAACAAAACAACAAUGUUACAUGGGAUAACACACUAGACGAGCAAAAACAAAUAAAACAAAAAGCUUUCAACAAAUGGCUAAAUUCUAAAGAUCCACAAGAUAAAAACAACUACAGAAAUGAACAAUCAAAAUUUAAAAGCAUGAUCAACAAAAACAAAAACGACACAUGGGAGAGGAAAUGCACUGAACUGAACACACAUGUGGGGGGUACUAGAUCAUCAGAAGCAUGA